AUGGCCUCAGCAGGUCUCCAGUUCCUUGCUUUCAUCCUGGCCUUGUCUGGGGUUUCUGGAGUGCUCACAGCCACGCUGCUACCCAAUUGGAAAGUGAAUGUGCAGGCGGGCUCCAACAUCAUCACAGCCAUCGUGCAGCUGCACGGGCUAUGGAUGGACUGCACGUGGUACAGCACUGGGCUGUUCAGCUGCUCCCCGAAAUCCUCCAUUCUGUCCCUCCCCAUCCAUGUGCAGGCUGCGAGGGCCACCAUGGUCUUGUCAUGUGUUCUGUCUGCUCUGGGGAUCUGCACUUCCACAGUAGGAAUGAAAUGCACUCGCUUAGGAGGGGACAGAGAAACCAAGACUCAUGCUUCCUUUGCUGGAGGAGUCUGUUUCAUGUCUGCAGGGGUCUCUGGUUUAAUACCAACAGCGUGGUACACAAAGGAGAUCAUAGCAAACUUCCUGGAUCUGACUGUUCCAGAAAGCAACAAACACGAACCUGGAGGAGCUAUCUAUAUUGGAUUCAUUUCAGCAAUGCUGCUGUUUAUCUCUGGUAUGAUUUUCUGUGCUUCCUGUAUAAAAAAGAGUCCAGAAGCUUGGCUUUACCCACCAAAGCAGCGGCAUGUCUCCACCACACAGCUGGAGAACAAUUUAGCAUACCACCUGAAGGAUUAUGUGUAA